UAUAUAAUAAUUUCUGUUUUAGUAUUAGUGUAGUAAUCAAGAUGGCUCAUAAUUUAACACCUAGUGUUAAUUGUUCUUUAGAUGAUAUAGAUUUAAAUGCUUUGAAGGAUCCUGCUGGUAUUUUUGAACUUAUUGAGGUUGUUGGAAAUGGCACAUAUGGACAGGUUUAUAAAGGUAGACAUACAAAAACUGGUCAGUUGGCUGCAAUUAAAGUUAUGGAUGUUACUGAGGAUGAAGAAGAAGAAAUCAAAUUGGAAAUUAAUGUACUUAAAAGGUACUCAAAUCAUAGAAAUAUUGCAACUUAUUAUGGAGCUUUUAUUAAAAAAUCACCACCUGGAAAAGACGAUCAGUUAUGGUUAGUGAUGGAAUAUUGUGGUGCUGGAUCUGUUACUGAUCUUGUAAAAUCUACAAAAGGUCAAAGUCUUAAAGAAGAAUGGAUAGCUUAUAUAUCAAGAGAAAUUCUCAGAGGUCUUAGCUAUCUCCACAGUAAUAAAGUAAUUCACCGUGAUAUAAAAGGACAAAAUGUAUUAUUGACUGACAAUGCAGAAGUUAAAUUAGUUGAUUUUGGAGUUAGUGCUCAAUUAGAUAGGACAAUUGGUCGUAGAAACACUUUUAUUGGAACACCAUAUUGGAUGGCCCCAGAAGUUAUUGCUUGUGAUGAAAAUCCAGAAGCAACUUAUGAUAAUAGAAGUGACCUUUGGUCUUUAGGAAUCACAGCAUUAGAAAUGGCAGAAUCACAACCUCCUCUUUGUGACUUACAUCCAAUGAGAGCAUUGUUUUUGAUUCCUCGUAAUCCUCCUCCAAGAUUAAAGUCAAAAAAAUGGGCCAAAAAGUUUCAUGGUUUCAUUGAAACUGUUUUAGUUAAAGAUUAUCACCAGAGGCCAUAUACUGAACAAUUACUGAAGCAUCCAUUUAUUCGUGAUCAACCUACAGAGAGACAAGUACGAAUUCAACUUAAGGAUCAUAUUGAUCGUUGUAAAAAACGAAAACAAGAAAAGGAACGUGAUGAUUAUCGGUAUAGUGGUAGUGAAAAUGAAGAGGAUGAACCAGCUAUUGCUGGAGAGCCAUCUUCAAUUAUUCAAGCACCUGGUGGUGAUACUUUACGUCGUAAUUUCCAACAAAUACAAGAAGGAAGAACACUUUCACAAGAGAUAUUAUCUCAUAGUCCAGCAGCUAAAGAUAAUAAACAAAUUCCUAGUCGAGUAAAAGAAGCAGAAGUUGUACAACAUAACAGACCUUCAGUACCCCAUAGACUGAUUGUUGUACCAGAUCCACAUCCCCCCUCACGACCAUUACCUCCUACGCCUAAGGAUGAUCUUCGACAAGCACACAAAAUUCCAACACCGCCUUCUAGUCAUCAAAUAAGUGGAGGAACUAGUAGUGGAUCAAUUACUGUAUCAGCAUCUCAAAGAAAUAGUCAUGUUUUUAAACCUAUGGCUUUAAUGAUUGAAAGUGACAGUGAUGAUGAUAUGGAAGAUAUUAGUGGAAAUAGUAAUAGAAAUGAUGGCACCCUUCUUGCAAGUGAUCCUCCUAAACCAUUGCCACAAUUAGAUUCUUCUUCAUCUUCAUCCCAAAAUCAUAAUUCUCAUCAUGAAACUAGUGCUCCAAAUCGACCUUUGCCUCCGACUCCUGAUGAAGAAAUCUGUGAUCACACAUUAGUUAUGAAAAGAAAUCGAGAAGAUCGUAGUAGAAUUGCUGGUACAACUAGUGGAGACUUCCAAAGAUUAGAUUCUCCAGGCUCUAGGACAAGUUCGGUAUUGCCAGAUCUUCUCACUUCUUCACCUGGACAAAGACAAGAUAAAACUAUAAGUGAUGAGUAUCGACAAGCAGUAAAAUCUCCUCCAUUGGCACUUCAACAGAAACAGAGAUCCUUUUUAACAUUUGGUUUUGGAGCUGGACCAGCCAGAAGGGAGUCUCAUGUUAAUGUGAAUGUAACACCUACAAGUCAUGAUUUGACAUCUGAUACUCCAGAAAUACGGAAAUAUAAAAAACGUUUUAAUAGUGAAAUACUUUGCGCUGCGUUGUGGGGUGUUAAUUUACUUAUUGGUACUGAAAAUGGUCUUAUGCUUUUAGAUAGAAGUGGACAAGGUAAAGUUUAUCAAUUAAUCAGUAGAAGGCGCUUUCAACAAAUGGAAGUACUUGAGGGACAAAAUAUUCUUGUCACUAUUAGUGGGAAAAAAAAUCGAGUGCGUGUUUAUUAUUUGUCUUGGUUAAAAAGUAAAAUUUUGCGUACAGAUGGUCAUAGUGAACAAGUAGAACGUCGUAAUGGUUGGAUUAAUGUAGGUGAUUUACAAGGCGCAGUACAUUUUAAAAUAGUAAAAUAUGAAAGAAUAAAAUUUCUCGUUAUUGCACUCAAAGAAUCAAUAGAAAUUUAUGCAUGGGCCCCCAAACCAUAUCACAAGUUCAUGGCAUUCAAAUCUUUUGGAGAACUGGCACAUAGACCACUUUUAGUUGAUCUCACUGUUGAAGAAGGAACUAGAUUAAAAGUUAUUUAUGGUAGUACUGAUGGCUUUCAUGCAGUUGAUCUAGAUUCUGCCACUGUUUAUGAUAUAUAUUUACCUAAACAUACACAAGGGCCAAUUUGUCCUCAUUGUAUUGUAGCUUUGCCAAAUAGUAAUGGUAUGCAGCUUUUGCUUUGUUAUGAUAAUGAAGGUGUUUAUGUUAAUACAUAUGGUAGAGUAUCAAAGACUAUGGUAUUGCAAUGGGGAGAAAUGCCUACAAGUGUAGCAUAUAUUGGAAUAGGACAAAUAAUGGGAUGGGGUAAUAAAGCUAUAGAGAUAAGAAGUGUUGAAAGUGGCCAUUUAGAUGGUGUGUUUAUGCAUAAAAAAGCACAACGCCUAAAAUUUCUUUGUGAACGAAAUGAUAAAGUGUUUUUCUCAUCAGCAAAAGGAGGAAGCUCCUGUCAAAUUUACUUUAUGACAUUAAAUAAGCCUGGUAUGGCUAAUUGGUGAUUAAUUCGUGAAAUAUUCAGUCUGUUAUGAAUAUUAAUAAUGAUCAAGCCAUUAAAAAAGAUGUAUAUUCAUUUACAUUAACCAUCUAUUGAAUGUACACAAUUAAAAACGAUUGGCACAACUUUAGUGAAUAAUCCUAUAUUCUAUUCAUUAUUAAGUGAUGUAAUUAAAAAAAUAAAAUGA